AUGUAGCUCGCUCAACACGUUUGUCAAAAAGUGAAUGUCAGGCAAGGAAAGUGAAACAGUUUGGAGCAAGAGUUUUUCAUGGGUGUGACUAAAUUUUUACCUGCAAUUAAAAAGCAUAUAUAGCAAACACAUCUGCCACAGAGCUGCAACAUUUGCCCAGAGUUUCUCCUCUAACAUUCAAACGCACAUCCAGUAAGAGCACCAGGAUUUCUUUCAUYGCCAUGUCAGACUUUGAUGCAUUAGGCCCUGUCAGUGAGGAGUUUCUGAAAAAGCGCAACGAUGAGAAGGCCCAGCUGCAGCUGUUGAACACUCGCUUUGCCUCCUACAUUGAGAAGAUCAGCUCCUUGAAGCUACAGAACAAGGAGCUGACCUUGGAGGUAGAGAGUUUACGRAGUUACUCCUCAACAAGCAUUACUGAAAUGCAAACGGAGGAGACGAGCAAGCUGGUUAAUGAGAACAAGGACUUACUCAGUGACAUAACAUCUCUCAAGGUGGAACAGGACAAACUAAAAAAAAGACUGGAUGAGGAGAUUCGAUCAAAAAAAGAUGCAGAAAAACUCUGUGAGGAGUUGAGAGUGGAACUGGAAGCAGAAAAGCAGAAAUUGAAGAGUGAAACUGAGGAAUUGCAGAAAAAGAUCAAGUUUCAACAAAAACUUCAYGAUAAGGAGGUUGUUGAGCUGAAGAGGACAGUACAGAUGAAGGUGACGAAAGGCUCUGACCAGGUGGACAAUUCCAAAUCAGAACUGGCAGUGGUGCUGGACAAGAUCAGGAAACAAUAUGAAGACAUUGCUAAAGGAAACAUCACUAAGGCUGAGGAGUUAUACAAGCACCAGAUUGAGGAACAGCGCAGGACAGCUAAUAAAAAUCGUGACGAGUUGACAAAAGCCCAGCAGGAAAUCACAGAGUUAAAAAGCCAAAUCCAGAACUUCACCUCUGAGAUCAGCUCACUCCAAAGCACAAUAAAGACCAUGGAGGACAAUCACAAACAUGAGAAGGACAGUCUGGACUCCAAAAUAAACCAGAUGAAGGGAGACAUGGCCAACCAACUCUGCAAGUACCAGAACUUGCUCUGUGUCAAGAUGGAGCUGGAUAUGGAGAUCAGCUGCUACAGGACACUGCUGGAUGAGGAGGAACGCAGGAUUGGGAUCUUAAAACCAGACAAUAAUACCUCCAGUAACACAGAUUCAAGCCAGGGGAAAGAGCCGCCUGAGAAGACAACAGUUUCCUCCAGCGACCAGACACAGGAGACAGAGAAUCAAAAAGGGUAAUGUUUGCAUAAAGAUGUGUCAAAACCAGUCUUUUUAGUGUUUUGUUGCUGUUUUCUAAAUACUAUAAGAUUUUUCAGGACUUCUCAGGAGGGACAACAGYCUGCAUCAGUUAAACCAGGUCCCAGCGCUAACCUCCCAAAAAAGAGCUCAGUGAGAAUCCCAAAAAUCCCAGGAUUUUUCCAAAAGCAGUGACUCGAUGCUGACAGACAGAAYGGAGAACAAGAAAGAAAAAGUCAUGCAAGAGGAAAUCAUCACAGCACAAUCUGCAUCAGACAAGAGUCGACAUGAACAAAUCUGUCUCCACUGACAUGGACAGGAAUAUGUGCAACGAAACUAAUCAAUGAAGACUUAAAAACACCUCAUUGUGACUUAUUCUAAUCAAUGGUUCAAGAUGUAACAUUAGUUUUACUUUCAGGUUUUGUUUUAUUUGGUGUUGGUUCCUUUAUUUUUGUCUGCGUUUUCAGAUAAACGUUAUUUAACGUUUCACGAAGCUAAAUCUUUCCUCAAAUUUAACGGUUUUUGCAUUUAAGUUCAUUAUUAUUCRUUGACCUGUUUUUAAAUGACAACAAAUUGAAUCAAUUAAAGGAUAAAGAUAGAGGAGAUUAUAAGAUACACAUGGGCUCAUCUUCAUGUUUGUCACAAUCAAGUGUAAAAACUCCUGACAUCCUGGAGAAUGCAGUUUAGGAGCAGAUGGCCGUCUUUCAUGGGUUUUAAAGGGGUGUGAAAUAGUUAGAAUUUGAACAAAGUAUAGUUGCACAACUUUUUUCUCUUUUCUAAAAACAUGAUUUCAUGGGAACUUUGUWUGCUUAGUUUGGACUCUUCUGGAACUUAAACAAUAAACUUCACUAAAACUUUAA